CACGUUUUCCAGUUCUCUCUGGUCACGGUAUCUUCUCUUCUCUCUCUAUGCGCUUUCGAUUUUCCAUAGCGUUGUUUCAUUCUCUGAAUUCCGUAGUUUUCUUCUUCGAUUCGACGAGAAUAAUUUUUUUCAGCAGGACACAAUGGACUUAUUUUUAAAGGGGAUGAAUGGGAAUGGAUCUGAGUGCCCCUUUGAUGUUGAAGAUAUCCAAAGAUGCCCAUUUUUAAGAAACAUCAAUGAACCUACAAAUUUCUCUUUCUUUUCAACCAAAAGCUCCCUUCCUGUGCAUGGAGCAAAGGGUCCUAUAUUUGAAGAUGGUCCUAAUUUUGACAUGGCAUUUAAGCUAUUUCAUGGGAAAGAUGGAGUUAUUCCCCUAUCAGAGAAAUGUGACUUUGACUAUGGCAGCAGAGAAGCUGAUUCUUUUCCUGUUUUCAAUCCUUUAGCAGGAAAAGCUGCCGCCAUAAGUCUGUCAGCCUUUGGACUAGGUGGCCCAUUUGGUUUUGGGAAUUUUUCUGAGAAUUGGAAGAAACAGAAAAAAUCCGAAUCAUCAAACAAAAAGGAACCCUCAUCUCAGAAUGGAGAUUUGUCAAAGCAUGAGGCACUUGGAAAUGAAUGGUUGGCAAAAGGAAAUUGUCCCAUUGCCAAGUCUUAUAGAGCUGUUAGCAGUGUCCUACCCCUUGUUGCAAAAACUUUUCAGCCACCAACUGGAAUGAAGCUUAAAUGUCCACCUGCAGUUGUUGCUGCAAGGGCUGCCCUUGCCCGUACAGCCUUUGUUAAAAACUUGCGGCCUCAGCCUCUUCCUGCUAAAAUGCUUGUUAUUGCAGCAUUGGGCAUGGCAGUUAAUGUGCCCUUUGGCAUGUGGAAGGAACAUACCAAGAAAUUCUCUUUGUCUUGGUUUGCAGCAGUGCAUGCUGCUGUUCCCUUUAUAGCCAUGCUUCGGAAAUCAGUAGUCAUGCCUAAAUCAGCAAUGGCAUUAACCAUUGCAGCUUCUAUCCUAGGGCAGGUUAUCGGCUCAAGAGCUGAACGAAUUCGUCUGAAAGCAAUAGCUGAGAUGGGAAAAGUGAAAACAGAGACUGUAAGCAGCAUGGCAAGCUAUAAUCCUGGGCAGCUUGGUGAUAUUAAGGCCAGUCUCUGUGGUGCAGAAGGAAUGGUUCUCAAAUCACUUCCUGCGAAGGAUGCUGGUGGUUCGGCUACAGCUGCCAACGUAUGUUAUUGAUCUAUAUUCUAUAAAACCGGAAAAGAAAUCAAUUCAAGUUUGAUUUUGUACUAUAUAUUAAUGAACUGAAAUGGUAAUAAAAUGGAUUUAUAUAAAUAAAGGCUUUAUGAAUUAUGUAUGUAGAACAUGAACAGAAAUUAAGACAUCAGCUACUUUGCAUGCACAAAUGUAUCUGGGAACAACCACUCAAUUCAGAUAAAUUUCAGCUCCCCUU